AUGGUCUCCCAAUUUAGGAAAAACUAUAUUACAACACUUUUACUUUUUACCACACUAUCUCUAUAUUUGUUAUUAACUACUAAUGAAUUCGUUAAAUCUAUUACUCAGAACCAUGAUAAGAUAGCCCAUGUGAUUGUCUUUACCAUUGAAGCUUUCUUAUUGGUCAAAACUCUAAGGUACAAGUAUUUAAGAAUAGAACCCACAACUCGAAUAAUUCAACAACGAUUCUUGGCAUAUAAUGAUUUAGAAUUGGUUAUUAAAUUGAAUAAAUAUUAUGUGAUUUCAAUUAUAUGUUUUGUCGUUACCAUCUUUAGUGAAUUCAUUCAAGAUUAUUUAACUGGUGGGAAACGUAAAUUCGAUACCAAAGAUAUAUUGGCUAAUUUGGUGGGCUCUGUUAUAGGAAUAUCUUUGGGUUAUUUCCAUGAAAAUUGA